AUGGAAAAAAAGAUGCAAAGUAAAGUGAAGGAGUGGAAGGGUUACAUUGAUUACUGUUGUUGGUUGAUUGGGUAUGUGUGUACAAUUUGGUGGCUUUUUUCUUUUUUGUAUCAGUUUUUGCCAGCUACAUUGAUUGGAUUUGAAGUGGUUGAGUCACCUGGGUUGAGGUUAAAUCGUGAAGGGGUUAAAGGUGUUCAUCCGGUUGUUUUGGUUCCUGGGAUUGUGACUGCUGGUUUGGAGCUUUGGGAAGGCAGGCCUUGUGCUGAUGGACUUUUCAGAAAGCCUUUGUGGGGUGCUACUUUGCCUCAAAUCCUCAAAAGGCCUUUAUGCUGGUUAGAGCAUCUCUCUCUGCAUAAUGAGACUGGUCUAGACCCUCCAGGAAUUCGAGUCAGGGCAGUACCGGGGCUUGUUGCUGCCGACGAUUUUGCUUCUGGCUAUCAUGUUUGGGCAGUGUUAAUUGAAAAUUUGGCAAGAAUUGGUUAUGAAGGGAAGAACUUGCACAUGGUUACAUAUGACUGGAGACUGUCUUUCCAAAACACUGAGAUUCGAGACCAAGCUCUUAGUAGAUUGAAAAGUAAAAUUGAGCUUAUGUUUGUAACAAAUGGCUAUAAGAAAGUGGUAGUUGUGCCUCAAUCUAUGGGGGCUAUUUAUUUUCUCCAUUUCCUAAAAUGGGUUGAGACACCACCUCCCAUGGGUGGUGGUGGUGGUCCAGGUUGGUGCGAAAAGCAUAUCAAAGCAAUCAUGAAUAUUAACCCGGCAUUUCUCGGUGUUCCGAAGGCAGUAAGCAAUAUAUUUUCAGCUGAAGGCAGUGAUGCUGCAUUUGUCAGAGCCGUGACUUCCGGCAUUUUAAAUUUCGAUUACCUUGGUCUUCAAACGGUUGAACAUGUCUUGCGGGCAUGUAGAACUUGGGAUUCAAUCAUCUCAUUGAUGCCAAAAGGCGGUAAAACCAUUUGGGGUGACUUGGAUUGGUGUCCUAAAGAAUGUAAUAAAUCUGAAAAGAGGGAACAUAUGAAGAAGCACUCUGUAUAUAACGGUACUUAUAAAUGCGGUGAUAUGCCAAAAGGUCUUCACGUAAAAGAACAUAUGAAGUAUGGAGGAAUAAACUCUUUUGGCAAGGCCGUUUCACAGUUUCUUGCUUCACUUCUCACUACUCUUGAUUCACAAUUAGAGGAGAUUUCGUCUGAACAUAGUACUUUUAACUUAUCGUGUGAGGAUGAUCAGACUGAAUGUAACGAGAUACACCGAGAAAGCAUCCCAAAAGUUGCUAAAAGAAAGGCUAGUAAAGGAAGAACUGAUCUUGAUUUAUACAACUUUAUGGCUCCAAAAAUGAUGAAGCGCGCCGAGGUUCAUUUCUCUCACGGGAUAGCAGAGAACUUAGAUGAUAAAAAAUACACACAUUACAAAUACUGGUCUAAUCCACUUGAAACCAAGCUACCUGAUGCUCCGAAUAUGGAAAUAUACUGUCUAUACGGUGUUGAAAUUCCAACAGAAAGAUCAUACGUGCACAAGCCGUCCCCUCCCGACAAGCACAAUCCUUUCCCGAAUAAUAGUUCAGCUGACGAAGGUAAUGGAAGUAAAUUACAAAAUGAUGUUUUAGCGAGUGAUGACGAGCGUGUGAACGCUCUUAGUUCAGGGUUCAUGUGUGCCAAAGUAUGGCGCAGAAAAACACGAUUCAAUCCUUCUGGCAUGGCUACAUAUGUACGAGAGUAUCGGCAAAAACAAAGAAGUAGUGUUCUUGAGGGGAGAGGUCUAGAGAGCAGAUCACGCGUCAACAACAUUAUAGGAAAUGUUGCGUUGAUUGAAGAUGUUUUGCGAGUUGCUGCUGGAGCCACCGGUGCAAAUAUUGGAGGUGAUAGGAUAUUUUCAGAUAUCACGAGGAUAUCAGAGAAGAUAAAUCUCAGAUUAUGA